CUGGUUGCCUGCGCCAGAAUGCUUUCCCCGGCCACUAUUAAUCCAGGCUGGCCCAGCACUUGUUCAUGACCAUUCUUUUGAUAGUUCACUGCAAUAAUGACUUCCAACGCACCAUCUGAGUGCUGUCUGGUGGGACACCUGCACGAGGGCAAGGCCAGCGGAGAAGUCCAAGAAAUUGCCAAUAUCUCGACCUACAUCGCCUAUCCACCUGAUCGGUCGACAAAAAAUGCCAUCUUGUUUCUCACUGAUGGCAAUGGCCAUCGCUUCAUCAACGCCCACUUGAUGGCAGAUCAGUUUGCCGCCUGCGGCUACUUCGUGGUGAUGCCCGACCUCUUCCACGGAGACCCCAUCCCAAUCGACUAUGGGCCUGAUUUUGAUAUAAUGGGCUGGUACAACCAACACCUGCCGCCCAGGGUGGAUCCCAUCAUCGAUGCUAUACUUGGGGAGAUGUGCACUACUUUCGGCUGCCAGCGAGUCGGCGCUGUCGGAUAUUGUUUUGGUGGCAAAUAUGUGUGCCGCUACCUCAAAGCUGGCAAACUUAAUGCAGGGUUCAUAGCCCAUCCAACCAUGGUGCAGGUGGGGGAGCUGGAAGGGGUCGAAGGGCCGUUGAGUAUUGCAGCUGCUAUUGUUGAUCCCGUCUUCACCACUGCCAACCGCCACGAGAGUGAGGCGAUCCUAGCCAGACUUGGUGUCCCCUUUCAAAUAAACCUGUUCUCUGAUGUAGAACACGGGUUUGCGGUCCGCUGCAACUUGGCAGAGCCCCGGCAGAAAUUCGCCAAAGAAGCGGCAUUUGAGCAGGCUGUGGCGUGGCUCGAUCGGUAUGUGAAGGAAUGAGAUUCAGAAGUCGUGGAAAUUAGUGUCAAAGAAGAUCCCACUAUGGCGAGAAGCUCCAUAAGUUAUACACCAUCGAGAUCCAGGGCACUAGUGAGACCGCAGACCCAGUCUACUCUGCAUGGUGCCUAUAAAUGUGUCAUCUCCUGCAAA